UUAGGAGAUUCAUAUCCUGGAAAAAUCAAGACAUCAAUUGGGGGUGUUGGUCUUAAUGUAUUUUUAGCUUCAAAUCACUAUCUAAAUAAAACCGCAAAUAAAAAAAUCAAGUUAAUAUCUCAAGUUUCUGAUGAUCCAUCUGGAAAUUUAAUUUUAAGUGAAUUAAAAUCUCAAGGAAUUGAUACAAGCGGUAUUUUUCAAAAUGAGACCAAAGACAAAACAGCUUCUUAUGUUUCGAUUCAUGAUCCCAAUGGUGCAUUGGUUGUAGCUUGUGCUGAUAUGAACCUUAUUGAAAAUAUGUCAAUAGAACAUAUUUCUACUCAAAUCAUAAAAUCAGACCCUUCAUAUAUCCUCUUUGAUGGAAAUCUCAGUAAAUUAGCAAUGAAACAAAUUAUAGGGGAUUCUCUUGAGAUAAAUGCUAAAUUAAUUUUUGAGCCAACAUCAUUGCCAAAAGCAGCUAGAUUAUCAAAUGUGAUUAAAAAAGAUUUUGUUUACCCUAAUAAUCGUAUUGGAUUAGCAUUGCCAACGAUGGAAGAACUAAGAAGCAUGUAUGAUUCAUUUUCUAAUAAAGAGUUGUUUGAAACAAGCUGGUCAAAUGUUAUCUUUUCAUUGGGAUUAGAUGGGCUUAUCUUUAAAGAAAAAUUGGAUAAAUUGUGUCGUGAGAAUGUAUUUUUAAAAAAAUGUCAAAAAAAUGGUGUAUUUCAACAAGUAUUUUUUUUGCUUCCAUAUAUUCCAUCAAUUAUUGUUAAAUGUGGCAAAAAUGGUAUUUUAGUAUUUAAUAUUUCUGAAGAUGUCAGCUUUUACAAGCAAAAAGUAAUUGAAAUGAGCCCAGUCUUUACGUUAACAAGUAAAAAUGAAUUACAAUCUAAGAAAUUCGGAGUUGUGAUUGAGUAUUACUCUACAGUUAAGAAUUUUACAAAAAUUAAUAAUGUCACUGGCGCUGGAGAUUCAUUUGCAGGAAUUUUAUUCAAAGAACUA